AUGGAUUGCCACAUGAUUGUCUUGGUUAAAUUUGCUCUCCUCCUCUUCAUUCCAUCUGUUCUUCCUUUGCAUCAGAGUGGCACAAUUUGGACAGACCAAUCUGCGCUUCUGGAGUUCAAGAAAGGCAUAAUUUCUGAUCCGGAAAACGCGCUCAGCAACUGGAGUCGGCAGAAUCAUGUCUGCGAGUGGAAUGGCAUCAUCUGUAGCCUAAGCCCUCAAAGAGUGAAUAGAGUUACUCUUAAAGGUAAGUCCUUGGUAGGCACCCUCUCCCCGUCCUUGUCCAAUCUUUCUCAGCUCAUACUGCUUGAAUUGUCGGUGAAUACCCUCAGAGGAUCCAUUCCUGUGGAAUUUGGAUCUUUGUCUCAGCUACAGGCGCUUGCUCUGAAGCAAAAUGACCUACAAGGAAGCAUUCCUGAGAGCCUUGGAAUGCUUGCAAACCUUGAAUUCAUUGACUUUAGCUAUAAUAAGCUCCACGGCCAGCUUCCUGUUAGUCUUUUGUACAAUUGCACAAAAUUGAGCUAUGUCGACUUUUCGACCAACUUGUUCACAGGUUUCAUUCCUUCAAAGCUUGGAUACCAUCUUCCUUGGCUGACUAACCUUCUUUUGUAUUCGAACCAACUCGUCGGUGGCAUCCCUGCAUACCUCACCAAUUCAACAAUGCUGGAGGAGAUUGACAUUGAGAACAACUCGUUCGGCGGGAUAUUACCAUCGUACAUCUUGAUGCAGUUGUCUUCUUUGAAGCUACUCCACCUUUCCUAUAACAAUUUCUCUAGUGACGAUCGCAACUCCAAUCUUGUCCCCUUCUUUGACGCCAUUUCAAACUUGACUCAUCUGGAGGAGCUAGAACUGGCAAGUAAUCAUCUGGGAGGAGAACUGCCUGCAACUAUUGGUCUUUUAGGUGUCAAUCUCUCUGAGAUCGAUCUCGGUCACAACCAAAUUCAAGGAACAAUCCCUGCAAACUUGACAAAGCUUGUCACUUUGGAAUGGCUAGAUCUGUCAAACAAUCUUUUGCAUGGUUCAAUUCCAUCAGAAAUACUCCUGAUGCCUAAGUUACUGAGGCUCUGGCUGUCCAACAACUCCUUGUCUGGAGAAAUCCCUUCUCCUGCUCUAAGUCAAAUUGGCCUCCUCGACUUAUCAAAAAACAAGCUCAAUGGUACAAUUCCAGCAGCCUUUGCAGAUCUAACUCAACUGCGACAGCUCAAACUAAGCGAAAACCAGCUCACCGGAACCAUACCUCCAAGCCUAGGAGACACAAAGUUGGAGCUCUUAGACCUGUCCUACAAUAGGCUCACAGGAGUUAUUCCAGCUCAAGUUGCGAGCUUGAGUUCACUGCUCGUAUAUUUCAAUCUGUCACACAACUUAUUACAAGGGCGGCUGCCCGCAGAGCUGAGACAGAUGAACAAGGUUGGCGCAAUCGAUCUGUCAUCCAACAACUUCAGUGGCGAGAUUCCUCAAAGCUUGGGAGGCUGUGUGGUAAUUGAGCUGCUGGACUUGUCGCACAACAGUUUACAAGGAUCAAUUCCUCAGUCAAUUGGAAGCCUGUUAAGCAUCAAAACACUGGACUUGUCUUUUAACCAGCUUUCAGGACCAAUUCCAGACUCUCUGCGGCGCUGCUCCAGCCUCAGACUACUCGACAUCUCCUUCAACAACUUCUCCGGACCCUUACCCGAAGGUGGAAUCUUCAACUUGUUGACGUCUGAUCGGAUCAGAGGUAACCGUUUCUGUGGCUCGCUGCCUGGAAAUGGAAUUCCCAGUUGUCGACACAAGAGGGGCCUAAUGCAUUCUCGCCUGGGACUGAUAUUGCUGGUCAGCAUUGUGACUGUCGUAGCUUUCAUGGCCACUGUCAUAUGUGGAACAGUUUACAUGAUCAUGAGAAAAAGGAGUAGGAGAAGACGCGAAGGAGACGAUCCAAGCAAGAAUCUUUUCUUGAGUAUUACCUCGGGCUUUCCGAGAAUUACUUACAGAGAGCUCGUGGAGGCAACGGGAGGGUUCGAGGAGAGCAGAUUGGUAGGAUCCGGCGGCUUCGGCCAAGUCUACAGGGGAGUGCUUAGAGACGGCACGGCGGUGGCAGUCAAAGUCCUACAACUGCAAUCCGGCAACUCCACGAGGAGCUUCAAGAGGGAAUGCCAGGUCCUGAAGAACAUUCGGCACAGGAACCUGAUGAGGAUCAUCACCGCGUGCAGUCUCCCGGAUUUCAAGGCCCUGGUUCUCCCGUUCAUGGCGAACGGAAGCCUGGAGAGCCAUCUCUAUCCGAAGGGGGAGCCGAGCUCGCGGCUCAGCUUGCAGGAGCGGGUCAACAUCUGCAGUGACGUCGCCGAGGGCCUGGCCUAUCUGCACCACCAUUCGCCGGCCAAGGUCGUGCAUUGCGAUCUCAAGCCCAGCAAUAUUCUACUCAACGACGACAUGACCGCGCUGGUGUCGGACUUCGGGAUCGCGAGGUUGGUGAUGACGGCGGAAGAAGGGAGCGCGGAGGCCGCGACGGCGACAGCCAACUCAACCGCCAACUUUCUCCAUGGAUCGAUUGGCUAUGUUGCUCCAGAGUAUGGUUAUGGGAGAAGUGCAUCGACCAAGGGCGACGUCUACAGCUUUGGGAUUCUCGUGCUCGAGAUGGUCACCGGAAAGAGGCCGACCGACGACAUGUUCGGGGAAGGCGUGAGCUUGCAGAGGUGGGCGAGGCGGGGGUGCCGGAGCAAGCUGGAAACGGUGGUGGACGCGACGCUGAUGAGGGAGGUGAGCGAUCGAAGCCAGGAGGUGAAGAAGAUGUGGGAGAUCGCGAUCGCGGAGCUGCUCGAGUUGGGGCUCGUCUGCUCCAACGAGAGCCCGGCAGAUCGGCCGACGAUGCUCGACGCCGCCGACGAUCUGGACCGGCUCAAGCAAUACCUCGCCGGCGACGCCACAGCGACGUUCACGUCGAGCAUCGGGAUGUCGUCGGCCAGCGUCGGAGCCGCCUCGUCGGACUACGGGUAGCAAUCAAGGACGGACGCGAUUAUCCCGAUAGGAAGCUUGUUUGCUUUAAGAUUCGCACGCGCGCGCGCUGCCCGUUUGCCAAGGAGGUGGGCAGUGGUUUCCCUGCCAAGAAUGAAGCAAAGAGUUGGAAUGCUCUCUUUGGCUGGAGAAGUGGGACCUCAUGGCCUGCACCUCUCACUGAAGCAAAUGUCAUCCCUUCAUACACCUCAGUCCACCCUCCAACCU